CGAUUAAAUCCACGAUGAAUGUGUGGAGUUUUCGGCGCUUUGUGAUUCUGCUGCUACUCUUAGUCACCAUUUGCAUUAUCGAUGGAGCGACGAAAAAGAAAAAUAAGCAAACGACACGCAAUAAAUAUAAAAGAGUAUUCCCGACCAAAGGGCACAGGAAACCCAUGAAACCGAGGACUCCAUUGCAAAGACGAAGUGUUGCAGUCAACAAAAAUCUGACCAAACGAGAUGAACAGCCCAUUCAGGAUGUGCACGAUAUCGUUAGGUCCAGCUACGAUCGUCUGCGCCAUUUGCAUGUCCUUCAUGUCAGCGAAUCGGCGGUUAAUCUCACAGUGCGCACUCUCGAAAGGAAGCCCCAGGACAUGAGGUACACGUGUGGCUAUCGCAGGAUCACCGCAACUCCAUUGGGACUGUACACCAAGGGGAGCAUCAAUCGUGCCGUGGAGAUUCCCUUCGGGGAUACUUAUGUUGUCCCUGAGGAUGUCAGAGGGAUGAUUGCCAUUUGCAAGAACAGCCUGGGCGAUGUGCUGCAGGUGGAACCCUUCACCUUCGUCCAGGCAAUCAAACAGCCAUCAAAUCCGCAGCCACAGAGGCAUCAACGCCGUCCCAGCGUCCUAAUGUUCGGCUUCAAUGGCAUGACCUCGAAGCAGUUUCGAUCCGCCCUAGACGCCAUGCCAGGGCUGGAGAGCAGCAAUCAGGGCUGGUUCGAAAUGCAGAACUACAAGCGAAUGGGCGAGAAUAGCUACAUCAAUCUGAUGGCCCUGAUCUCCGGCUACAGUCCCAGUGCGGUGCACAAUCUUCAAUCAUCCAGUGCCAUGGACGCGAUGCCCUUCAUCUGGCAGCGAUACAAGGCAAAUGGUUACCUAACGGCCUAUGCCGAGGAUCUGUCGCUGAUCAGGAAGUUCCCCUUUGAGUUUGGAAGUCAGCCCGUGGACUACUAUCUGCGACCAUUCAUGCGGGGCAUCGCCGACAGUUUGCAUCUGCGCAAUCGAUCCACAGAGUAUCACGGACUGGACAGGCGGCUGUAUGUGGACUAUGUCUACGAUUAUUGCCAGCAGCUGCUGGAGCAUUACCUCAACCCCACACAGCCCCUGUUCGGGCUCUUCUGGACGAGCAAUUUCGUGAGUUCGGAUCAGGACAAGCGGGAGCCAACAUUACGGGACUAUAUCAGACGCUUCGAGCAAAUGGGACUCUUCAGGGAAUCGAUUGUGAUAUUCUUCAGCGAUCAUGUGUGUCAUCCCAUGCUGUUUGUGUGGCUGCCGACGUGGAUUCGCCAGCAAUACCCCGACAUGGCCAUGGCUCUGGCAAUCAACACACAGCGUAUGACCUCACCCCAUGACCUCUACCUCACAUUGCAGGAUAUUGUGAACCUGGGAGCGAAAGGACCAGCACAAGCCCCGUUGCAGCCAGAGGGUUGCCCCGCCUGCCGCACGCUGUUCAAAGAAAUUCCCAAAAAUCGCACCUGCCACGAGGCCGGUCGCAGCGAGAACUACUGCAACUGUGACGCUUCCAUGGAACUUUUGCCGGAGGAGACCGAGCUGCUGCCACUCGGCUGGAUGCUGGUCAACAGCCUCAACGAGUACCGGCUCUCGCGACCCCAGCUACGGAGUCGCUGCGAGGCGUUUUCUCUGCAGAAAGUCGAGUCCAUACAUCAGCAUUGGUCUGCCCUCAAGUCGAGCACUGUGCAGUAUCGCGUGCGUUUCACCACGCAACCCAAAGCCGCGAGAUUCCUGGCCACCGUUCUGUACAAUCACGACACCAACAAGCUGGUGAAUGUCAGUGUUCCCUCCUUCGGGCGACUCCUUCAGUAUGUGCCUCUCUCGCAGUGUGUAUCAGAUGGGAAUGACAAAAAGUUCUGCGUGUGCAAGCCAACCACCAAAAAGAAGAAAAACCCCAGGGUAGUACGAAGAAGAAAGAACACACCGCAAGGGAAGAAACCUCCUCAAGUGGCGAAGCUAUUGGAUACUCUCAUGCAGAAGAUGGAUAAAAUUGAGAAAUCCAAUGCAUUAAGGCGUCAGGAGAUCAGAGGGGAAGUGCAAAAACUGAAAAAAUUUAUCGCAACCUCCACAACGGCGGCCGAAUGGAUUACUUAUCUGGAAGCCAUCACCACGCCAAGUCCAAUGUUCGAUGGCAUCGAGACCCAUGUCAAUGUGCCGUUUAGCCUUAAUUUCUGAUGCAAAAACUUUCCUUCACGUAACACUUGCUUAACUCCUUGUUUAGCCCAUAAAAUAAAUGAUACCAGAUAAGAUAGAUGCCGUGGGCAUAUAAAUUUUACAU